AUGUUGCUCCGAGACAUAGCAAUCGACGAUCUGAAACACAAACUCGACACGAAAGGCAGCCUCUUCGACGUUCUACUCGCGACGGUGGAACGAGCAACGGAGAUAUACAACCACGAGCGCAAAACCGCCCAAACACGCCCCAAGCGGAAAAUAGAGAAACCCUCCUCUUCCGAGCCAAAGAGGAGAAAGAUCCCAAACCCCGCCAACAACAUCAACAACGGAGACGAACGCCCCACGCUGCCUGAAAGAUUCAAGAACGCGAUCGAAGAGAUGGCGCGUGGGGCGAACGCGCCGGCGCCGGAGGCGAGAUUGGUGAUACAGAAGCAGCUGUACGGGACGGACUUGAGCAGCGGCCACAACCGGCUGUCGAUCCCGAUGAACCAGAUCGCGGACGACUUCUUGACGGAGGGAGAGAAGGAGCACCUCCGCGGCUAUGGCGAGGGCAAGAAGAAGAACUACUUGGAUGUGAGGGUUGUGGGGCCGUCUCCGGCGGCGGAGAGGGCGAAGCUGUGCCGGUGGGACAUGGCGAAGAAGGACGGAGGGAAGACGUCGUCGAGCUACGUGAUCAAUGGGACGUGGAAUGCGAUUGUGGCGAAGAAUAGGUUGAGGGUUGGGGUGGUGGUGCAGUUGUGGUGUUUCCGGGUUCAUCGGGAGCUGUGCUUCGCCCUUGUGAGGCUGCCGCCGGGGAAUCACGCGGCCGGCGCCUGA